AUGCAGUGCAUACCGGCUAUUACGACUGUCUCCCUUGGUUCCUGCAAUUUUCACAGUAUCACCGAGAAAAUUGAACAAGCUGCUAAACAUGGCUUCAAGGGAAUCGAACUCUUCAUCGAUGACCUUGAGUCCCUCGCAAGGACCGAUUAUUCUCCUCCUGGGACAUCCACACCUUCUCGAAAUGCCAUCCUCGGUGCUGCCUCUCAGAUCCGUCAGCAAUGUGACAGACUCAAGCUUGUCAUCCUCAAUCUGCAGCCCUUGCGCUUCUAUGAGGGUCUGGUGGAUCGUCAACAGCGUGAUCACAUCUUGAAUGAGACCCUGCCCAUAUGGAUGGACGCACUCAAUAUUCUCGGUGCAGACACCAUCCUAGUCCCUUCCAACUUCCUUCCUCCACACCCCGAAACCAAACUCCCUCGUACAACAGGUGACUUCGAUGUCAUCGUCGAUGAUCUCCGUGAACUAGCCACCCGUGGCGCCCAACAUGAACCACCUAUCAAAUUCGCCUACGAGGCCCUAGCCUGGGGCACGCACGUAAACACAUGGGAAAAGACAUGGGAAAUUGUACAGGCAGUCGAUCGGCCUAAUCUAGGUCUCGCCCUCGACACAUUCAACAUCGCCGGCGCCAUCUAUGCCGAUCCCACCGCCGAAAACGGGCUCGUGGAUUCAGCCGACGCUAUCCUCCGUGCCUCAUUGGGCCGCAUGGCGAAUACCAUCGACCUGUCAAAGCUCUUCAUAGUGCAGAUAGCUGACGCCGAGCGUCUCGAACAGCCACUUCGCCCGGGCCACCCGUAUUAUGCUGAAGAUCAACCCAGUCGCCUCAGCUGGUCUCGCAACUGCAGGCUUUUCCUCUGCGAACAUAAUCGGGGCGGUUACCUGCCUGUUGUUGCUAUAGUUCAAGCUAUUUUGGAUCUAGGCUGGACGGGGCCGCUAGCGUAUGAGGUCUUCUCACGCACUCUGGCCAAUACUGAUCCACUCACACCGGCGCAGCAUGCUGAGAGAGGACAGCGAUCGUGGCGGCGGCUAAGUGUGAUUGAGCAAUAUCGGAAAGAUCCAGUGAUUAUGAGUAGCAUGGCAGCUUUGAGUUGUUUGGAUGAUAAGGAAAAUGAGGUUGGGCAGAAGAUUACGACGAUUGACCAAGAAUUUUCGCGGGAGGAAUUUCUCGUGCGUUGA